UGAAACACUGGAAGUCGAUGAGGAAAAACUUGAUUGUGACGUCAUAAUGAACAAUUGUUUUCACAAUCGUUUUGCAGAAGUAUAGAUGUUUAAUUGUUAUGACAAACGAAAACGUAUUGUUUGAUGGACUGAACGAAGCCGAGGGCGAAAUCUUGAAGGAAAUUCUCAGAAGGAAAGAAAUAUUGUUGCAAGAAAUACAGAGGCUAAAAGAUGAGAUCCGAGAUGUUGACGAAGACAUCGAGCAGAUGGAAGAAACCGAGGAAACGAGGUCUUCGAACCAAGCCAACCAAAUGCUUGCUGGGGUGAAAAAGUUUAACGCUGACGCUAAGAAGGGCAUGAAGUAUUUGUUGGAGCAUGGUCACAUUGAAAACAACCCUAAAAGUGUCGCACAGUUCUUGUACAGAGGGGAACAUUUAAAUAAAUCGGCUAUUGGUGAUUACUUGGGUGAAAGAAAUGACUUUAAUAUUGAAGUGUUGAAAGAAUUUGUCAUUUGUCACGAGUUCACCAACAAAUGUUUGGAUAAAUCAUUGAGACAAUUCUUGUGGAGCUUCCGAUUGCCAGGUGAAGCACAAAAGAUUGAUCGGAUGAUGGAGGCUUUCGCUGCAAGAUAUUGUGAAUGCAACCCUGGCGUGUUUCGUACGGAUGAUACAUGUUAUGUUUUGUCAUUCGCCAUUAUUAUGUUAAACACAAGUCUUCACAAUCCAAGCGUAAAGGAUAAACCAGCAUUGGAAAGAUUUAUUCUGAUGAAUCGCGGGAUUAAUGACGGAGCUGAUUUACCCAAUGAAUUGCUAAGCGUGAUAUACGAAAGCAUUAAGAAAGAACCGUUCAAGAUUCCUGAGGAUGACGGAUCAAAUCUUUCAACUGCUUUCUUUAACCCAGAUAAAGAGGGCUGGCUGCUUAAACAAGGUGGAAGGUACAAAACCUGGAAGAGACGUUGGUUCAUUUUGUCCGACAACUGCCUUUAUUACUUUGAAUACACCUCGGAUAAAGAACCGAAAGGGAUCAUUCCGCUGGAAAAUCUACAAAUACGUGAGGUGACCGACCCAAGGAAACCUAAUUGUUUCGAAAUGUAUUUACAUGAAGAUGGUUUAAUGCAAACAAUCAAAGCUGCGAAAACGGAUUCUGAGGGGAGGGUCGUUGAAGGCAAACAUUCCACUUACCGGAUGUCUGCGGCGACCAUCGAUGAUAAAGAGGAUUGGAUACGAUGUAUAAGGAAAAGCAUCAGCAAAGACCCGUAUUAUGACAUGAUUGCAGCAAGAAAGAGAAAAGCAGAAAAAACUGAAAAUAAUCAACUUUAAUCAUCAUUCAUACUUUUGUGUUGAUGUUUCAUUAAUUUCAUAUCUUCUUAUCAAGAACAAACAAUUUUUCGUUUGUCUGAUAUUUGUCUUGAAUUUGUUUGUUGGAAUAUUCUCGCUGUAUUACGAUAUAUUCAAUAUAUUAACUUGCUGUUUUAGAUUGUUUUUAGAAUACUUGAUAGCAAACUGAAAUGUCCGGAUCAAAAGACAAAUUUGCUGGAAUUCAACUACGAGAUUUUGAGACAAAACGCGAUGUUUUGAAGAUAGCCAUUCUUUAUCCCGAUUCGCCCCCACGACUUUAUGAAAUCAAUCAG